AUGACGGAGGGGAAAAUAACGGUGCUUUCGCAAGCACAUGAGACUUUUGGUUUCAACGUGCCAGAUUAUAAAAGGCUCAUACGCUUGUACUGUAUGAACGGUGGAUAUCAUCUCCAAAUUUUGCCCGAUGGAGCUGUAGGAGGCACGAGAGAUGAAAAUAUUUACAGUGUGCUACGGAUGAAAGCUGUGAGCCCUGGAGUGGUGCUAAUCGAGGGCAUUGAAACUGGACUAUACCUGUCUAUGAAUAAAGAUGGCGAGCUCUGGGGCACAUCAUCUCCAAGUGAUGAGUGUUACUUCUUGGAGAAGAUUGAAGAGAACCAUUAUAACACGUAUCAGUCACAGAAGUAUAAUGAAAACUGGUAUGUUGGAAUAAAAAAGAAUGGAAGACCCAAACAUGGCCCAAGAACCCACGUCGGCCAGAAGGCCAUCUUCUUCCUCCCUCGACAGGUGGAAAGUGUGAAAGAAUAA